UAUUUUCCCCAAAUUUUCGGUGAGAAAUAUCCUUAUUUGUUUUCCCUCUCUUUUCCUCCCUUAUUUUCGGCAACCCAGCAUUUCAACUUCUCUGACCCCUAAUUUCUCCUUUUCCGGCACCAUUCACACCGCUCUUGCUCCAUUUCUCACCGUACAAUUCCCCUCUAAACACCAAAUCCUCACUGCUCCAACAUUCAAAUCCUUGAAAACUUUCACCAAUCACUUUUCAUUCUUCAAAAAAUCUAGCAGAUUUUAGAUAAACUCUGAACCCUAAUUUCCCAAAGUUGAUUCCACAUUAGGGUUUCUCAUGUCAGGUGGGUUAAGCCCAACACACCACGUCAUAGUUCAAGCUCUCUUGUCACGAGGUCCACUCAAGGAGAAAGACCUACAUUCCAUGUUUGAGGACCUCACUAAGAAAAGUCCAGGCACUGACCGUCGGCUAUUUGAUGCAUUUAUUCUGGCAAUAAACAAGGCUCUAACUUGUGCUAAUUUUGAGUUACGUGCCUGCAUUGAUCAAUAUGAUGGCCAUGUUUAUUAUGGAGUUGUUAAUACUGUUUCCGAUGAACAAUCAAAGCUCGGGACCAAGUAUACAGUUCCGCAGAUUGCUUUUUAUAAGGCUAUUAUUGAAGCAAUAGUUCAAGAUGACACGGCAAAUGGUUUUAUCUCCACCUUAAUCCUUGUUUCAUGAAAAAUAGCAUCUGUUUUGUUAAAUGCCAGUCUAAAUUCAGGUCCUAGCUGUCAAUGUAUUGUCAUUAUUUCUUUUAUAUAUAGCAUGUUUGAGCAAAACUUUAUGAUAGAACCAUAAAAUCAAGAUAACCAAAUUGUAUUCUAUUGAAUGUCAAAGAUGAGCUCUUACAAUGGUGAAAAUGAAACAAGAAAUGAUAAAAACCAGAGCAGAAUUGCUCCUGGACCAGAGAGUAACUCUCCUAACAACUUUCUAACAAUAUUUCUGAAUGAAUUCCCUAAUCCCUUCCCCUCUCUUUUAUAACAGAAUAUCCCUAAAAUAAAGGAAAUAUCCUAACUAACUCUUACUAGACUAAGGUUCGGACUCAGGGUCCUAUCACUCUAUCUUGGGAAUUACCUCUUAUUCUAUACUAGUAUAUUGCAUUGGAUUUAAUAUUGCAUGAAUUACAAAGUAUUUUGUCUCUCUUAUUUUAGAAUGAAUGUAUUUUGUAUCUCAUGCAAUAUUGCAAAUUUCUAUAGCUAAUUUAAGUAUUUAGCACUUUUGACUUAUAACUUUGAUAUUUUGCAGAGAUGGUGGUGAAAUAUCUACACGGUAUUUGCAAAAAAUGGUUCAAGCUUUGCCCCAAUACACUGAGCAAGUAGAAAAGAUUUCACUCCAUGUAGAGAUUCAUGUUCUUUAGAAGAUUGGUAGCAAAAAUUGACUGAAUUAAACUUCUGCGACUGUGCUAAGCUCUGAAUUGCAAGAUAUUCAUGUCUUAUUUUGAAAACUAUCUCUGUAUAUGGGGUAUGGAUCUCUUUGUUUAUAGCUGCAUCAUAAAUAAAUUUGGAUGAGGCGUCUACGACUCAGGAAAAAUUGGCAAAACUAUCACCCGAUGACAUGAAAGUUAUCAGUAAUAUGCAACUGCUGGCGGGAUCAUCAACAAAGAAGGCAUCUGCUGCUGCUGGUGCUUUCUCACUGAAGUUCAGUAACCAGAAGACAACGCAAGCAGCACGCAAAGAUCGUACUGACGAAGAGGAAGAAACAUGGUCACUAUUUCGAUUUUAUCCCGUUGUAGAGGAGCUCAUUGAAAGUCUUAAUAAGGGAGAACUGCCAAAGAGUGAAUAUGCAUGAAAAAUCUCUAGCGGUAAGAAAAAGAAUGUUUGGUCGUGCUUGGCCCUAUAGAGCUAAUUUGAGAGAUGGAAUUGUUCCAAGUUGGCCAGAAAUUACAAGCAAUAGUCUCAGUGCUCCGGCUUGCGUUAACGACGAGGUUGCCAGGAAUUGGUUGAACAAUCUAGAGGUCAGGAAAGCUAUUCACACUGCAGAGGAAAGUGUAGUUAGGAGAUGGGAGUUAUGUACAUUCCAGCUUGAAUACGAUCAUGAUCUAGGGAGUAUGAUUCCUUACCACAAGAAUCUUACUUCAAAAGGAUACUCAGCAUUGAUAUUUAGUGGUGAUCAUGACAUGUGUGUCCCAUUUACCGGAACGGAAGCAUGGACAAGAUCACUUGGAUAUAAGAUUGUUGAUGAAUGGAGACCAUGGUUAAUCAAUGAUCAAGUUGCAGGGUUUAUACAAGGAUAUGCCAACAAUCUCACAUUUCUGACUAUAAAGGGAGCUGGACAUACUGUUCCAGAAUAUAAACCAGAGGAGGCAUUGUACUUUUACAAACAUUUUUUGGAUGGAAUUCCUAUAUAAGAAAUAAGAAACUAGAGAAAGAUAGUUGUUUCAAAUUAUUAUUAUAUACUUGAUGGACUAGUUCAAAAGUGUAUGAAGAAAAUAAGUUAUUUCAUUAUUCACUUUGUAUCUUUCAAACAUUACACCUUUUUAAACAAGUGUAACUUCAUUGUAUCUUUUGUCUUCCUAUUUAUCUAUACUAACAAAUUUAAUCA